AUGUGGUUAGACGAAACAAUAAAUCAUUAUGAAUUAUCUCAUGAAGUUGGUAAAGGUGGUUUUGCAACAGUUUAUGAAGGACGUAGAAAAGUCGAUGGCCUUCGUAUAGCUUGUAAAAAGAUUGAUAGAAAAAAACUUGAACAAGCAAAUAUACAUCAUCAUCCAUCCUAUGGUAAUCGUCGUCAUGUAUUACCUAGUUUACGUUCAACAGUAAUGUUUGAAAGAUUAAAGGCUGAAAUAACAAUUCAUCAUCAAGUUAAACAUCGUAAUAUAGUUGAAUUAUUAAAUUAUUUUGAUGAUGAUAAAUAUGUUUAUUUAAUUCUUGAACUUUGUUCUCAUGGUGAUCUGGAACAUUAUUUAAAAGAAAAAAAGACACUUUGUGAAUCUGAGACACAAACGAUUGUUAAACAAGUUGUUGAUGGUCUUGUUUAUUUACAUAAUCAUGGAAUUAUACAUCGAGAUAUAAAACUUUCAAAUUUACUUUUAACUGAAACAUUCGAAGUGAAAAUAGCUGAUUUUGGUUUAGCAAAAAAAAUACCAUUAACACGUGAACAAAAUAAUGAAACAAUAUGUGGUACACCGAAUUUUAUAUCUCCAGAAAUUGCAAAUCGUAUUCCACAUGGUUUUGCAACAGAUAUAUGGUCAUUAGGAAUUCUCAUAGCAACUCUAUUAACUGGACAAUCACCAUUUGAUACAGAUACUGUUCAUGGAACAUUAAGUAAAGUAACACAUGAAAAAUAUGAAUUACCAACAACAUUUAGUGAAGAAGCUCAACAUCUUGUGAAUAGUACAUUAAGAAAAUUAGCUGAAUCACGACCGAAUAUAAUAGAUUUUUCACGUUCAUCACAAUCAAAUAAUUAUAAAUUUGCAUUAUGGGGUCCGGCAGUUGAUCGAUCUCAUGAUAGUGGUUUUGCUGAAAAUAUUGGACAACAACGUUCAACACUUAGUACUGAAUCGAACAGUACAUCAAUAUCAAAAGGCGCUUAUUCUACUCAUUUAUAUUCGUAA